GUGCAAACGGGCACAUAAAGUCACAAUUUCACACGCUACCCCAAAUUUACACCGUCAAAUCAAAUCAAAUCAAAUCCCCAAUUUUACUCUCACUCUCGCACGAGUUCAGUCUCUGAAUCGCACUCAGUGACUCUCGGUGUACAACAAUGGCGACCAACAGCAACAGUGACAUCUUAAUGCUAGAAGCUCCGCCACCGCAAGGUCCAGCAUGGCCAGGACCUUUAACCAACGCCGAAACCAUCGACGCGUUGCCGUACAUCGACGACGACUACGCUAACCCCGACGUCAAAAGAGAGGUCGACCGCAUGGUGGAGGAGGAGUUGCGACGCAGCGCAAAAAAGCCCGCCGAUUUCCUCAAAGACUUGCCUCCACUUCCCAAGCCCAAUUUCCAGGAUCAUCCGAUGUUAGCUAGAGAGUACGACCGCGUGAGAGCUUCCAGGCCUCCGGCGGUUAUUGAUUUUUCCAGAGACAAAGUAGAGACGCCGCCUUUGAAUAAAAUGAAUGAUGAAACUGCUUGGAGACUUGCUCUUCAGAAAGCUCAGUGCUCUUUGCAGCACCAAGUCGUCAGGUUAGAGAAUUUGGAGCUGAUUGACAAAUAUGGUCCUGACGCCUGGAUUCAGAACAACAAUCGAUUGCAAUUGGUUUUUUCAAGAAUGCAGAAAUUAGCUCAGGAACAAUUUCAAAAGAUUGAAACAGUGAAUCGUGAAAGGAAAUAUCACCAGCAAAACACUGCAUAUGAGCUUAAUGCUCUGUCUGCCCAAUGGAAGGAGCUGUGUCAGAAGAAUAUAGAAAUCCAUGCUGCAUGUGGUAAGCUUGAAAGUCAUCUGGAUGAAUUGAGGAGGGAAGCGGCAGAGAAGGGCUGGAACUUGGAAGCCAAUGCAGAAAAUGGUUCUCUGUUGAAUUCUGAAUGAGAUGUAUGCUUUUGCACCUAUUGGCAUUUGAUGCUACAACUCUGUUAUCUUGUUAUACGAUGCUAUGUAAUAUUCUUUUGCUUCGCAUUAUUCAGAAAUGAUGUAUUCCUUCAAUCCCUCUUUUGGGUUUCAAAUGUAACGUUGAAGAAUUAGUCACAGAUGUUGGGGUUUCAACGCAUUUGUGUGUUAUGAAAGGAGUUUGGUCUUUCUUUUCCCUUCUUUCCUUA